UCGGCGCUGCCAGUUUCUAGCAGGCUAAUUAUUAAUCGCUAAGACCAUAUGUCUGCAUUACCCAGAGACUAUUCUCCCCAUGUGUAUUUUGUACAAGCCUUUGUUCUAGUACUAGCCAUUGUUAGACACAUGACGGCUUUUGAUAGUUAUCCAACGUUGACGUGGCUAUCAAGCUAGCUAACUGGCGAUAACUUACGCUAGUGCAUUUGGUCUGGUCAAACUGGCAUGCUAACACUAGCGAAUCUACUAUUUAGGUAGCUACGUACAGCAGUAGGUAGCCAUGUUUUCAGAAUGUUGGACGUCUAGACUGUAUGUAUUGUUAUUAUUCACACCGUGCUGUUGAACUCAAAUUGCUAUUUAAUUCCUGCAUUUUGAUGGGUUAGUAAUUUGGUUGGUCAAUAGCAAACCAAUCCGUGCUGACAACUACCAAUGCCUUCAAUUGGGCCUCCCUUACCGUUUCUUCGCUGUCCGGUUCCCUUCUGAUUGGCUCCAGUACAGCUUUCUAAACCCAAUCACCAAAGUCAGCGAACAAAAUGGCGCAAAUGAAACAACUGCGACGUGGAGGAGGUGCAUGAAUACAUCACGUGCAUUUCCCUUCAAUGUCCACUAGGUGAACCAGUUUACCAGCUCUUUACUGCAGGAUCGUUAAGGAACAUAAACCUGGCUGAAAGAUCACCAGAAACUAUAAGAAUAGUAAAGAUGCAAGAUGAAAUAUGAUUUAAAUUUCGGUUAAUUUCGGUUUCGACAUAACACCUUCGUUAUGUCGAAUAGCCUACAUUUUCUCAUCAACGGAAUAACCCUGCUGUCAAAUGACCCGUAAAGCAUUCCGCUCCAGCAGGUGGCGCCCUUGUGGAAAUCAGCAUUCGCAACAAUAAUGUUUACGGAUGUCGUACACGAGACAUUCACUGGCACAAGUGUUAACAUUUCUUGCUCAACAGUCUUACCUAUUUGCUUGAUCUAUAUUGUUAGUCAUGCCGUCUUUUGAAAAACGAAUAUUAAACACAACCUAUGCUUAACGUGUCAAAAACGUAUAGUAUGCAGUAAGUUAGUUUAGAUGAGAAGAGUUUAUAUGUAGGUAUCGCUAACUGACCCCUUAGCAUGUCCCUCAGGCUGGUGUCCUUUUUGGCCUCUCGGCUUAGCUCACAGUUCAUGUCCAGAGUAACUUCUGUGAGCAUUUGUCACGCAAGCAGAGACGCUAAAGUCUGGAAGGGGCAAAGCUACGUCGACCGUGUUGCAAACCACAGACCAAGACAGAGGGAUGAGCUGUUUGAAGAUGAUUCACAGAUGGAAGAUGUGGAGGACAGGCUCCAGGCCAUAGUCACUCAAGAGAGGAGAAAGCAGAAGACUUUAAAGUACCAUAAAGUCAAAAGACACAUGACCCCAAAAGGUGCUCCAGAGAGGAAGCUGACCUGGGAUGCUAUGGAGCAGAUAAGGUAUCUGAAGCAGGCAGAGCCAGAGGAGUGGACUGUGGAGCGCCUUGCAGAGGGAUUCUCUGUCAGCUCUGAUGUCAUCCGCAGGAUCCUCCAGAGCAAGUUCACUGCGCCUCCAGAGAGGAAGGUUAAGCAAGACGCCAGUGUGCUGGCGAAAGUCCACCAGCAGGCUCUAUCUGUGGGCAUAAAACCAGGCCAGGGCAGGUUGCAGCUGCCUGCGGGCUCACCUGCCAUGCUGCCAGCUGGAGCUGCGUCUGUUGCUCUGGUGACCCUGGCUAGCUCCAGUCUUACGGCCUGUGACGAUGGUGCAAGGUCCCCGGCUACUGGAAGUGGCACUGCUCUUGCUUCGGUGCCUACCCAGAAUAGAGGUUCACUUACUGUUUUCAGUAAACACACCUCUGUUACAGAGCUGCCUAGAGCAAACAAGGAGGGUAUGGUGGACAAUGUUGUCGAGGGUGAUGAUGAUGAUGAGGAGGUCUGGGAUGGAGUGGUUUUUACAGAGGAACAAUUGGAAGAACUUAUGAUGUCCCCAAAGUCCUGUCCAGUGACUCAGGAUGGGAAUGAAUUCUUUGACAGUGAUGGCAAUUUCUUGUACAGAAUCUGACACUUGAUGAUGUUUAUUUUCAUUGUUCUUUUUUUUGUUAACAAUGUAUCACAACCUUGAAAAUAUCAAAAGACUUACACUGAUGGAACCUAAUAAAGCACUGUGUCAAUUACAGUUGACAGGAGUUGAAAGCA